AUGAACUCGAUUUUCUCUAGUCUUGUUUUCCUCGUGGCGGCGGCUUCUCAGGCCGCCGUUAUUGCACCUCGCUCAUCUGGUACUGCCUUUGUACAAUUGGCCGAGUCUGCAGGAACCGCUACACACUUGGGCUCUGGCUUCAUCUACGGCUUUCCUGACAAUGGCACCGAAGCUUCAAACGCUAUCCCGGAUUACUUCCUGACUGAUAUAGGCUUCCGUGCGGGUCGCGCGGGAGGUGCGCAAAUCACCGCCCGCGGCUGGGCCUAUGGCGGCAAGGCCGAGUAUGAUGCACGUUUUCAGUCGACGCUGUCCAACUACCGGACUGUACGAAAGUAUGGUGCCGACUUCCUCUUGCUCGUUCACGAUCUGUGGGGUGCCGAUGGGGGAGCCACCGAGAGCACUCCUUUUCCGGGUGACAAUGGCAACUGGACCGAGGCGGAUCUUUUUCUCAAUCAACUCAUCUCUGACAUGAAUGAGAAUAACAUGCUUGACGGAGUCGUUUUGGAUAUCUGGAAUGAACCCGAUGGCUUUGGCUUUUGGGCUCGUUCAUGGGAUCAAUACCUGGAGUAUAUUGGUCAUGCCCACAAGAUGCUCAAGGCGGCAUUUCCAUACUUGUCCAUUAGUGGCCCAUCAAUGGCCAACGCGCCUGCACUUGAUAAUUCAAAUUGGCACACUUGGUUCGAGUACAUGGCUGCCAACGACGUAAUUCCUGACAUCUACUCUUGGCAUCAGAUUGGUCUGUGGGAGCGCGAGCCGGACAGGACCGUCUCCGACUUUAAUGCAUUUCGUGAGCAGUAUGGCCUUCCUUUCCGCCCACUCGACCUGAAUGAGUACGCCUGGCCCGACGAGCAGAACCCGGCGUCUUCAGCCUACUACCUAGCCCAGCUCGAGCGGAACAACAUUCGCGGCCUGCGCGCCAACUGGGGCGGCGGCUCAAACCUACACGACUUUGCGGCUUCGCUUCUGGGAAAGGACGAGAAUGGCGCUUACUACCCCAAUGGAGAGUGGCAGCUCUACAAGUACUAUGCCGCCAUGCAAGGAGACCGCGUGGUGACUUCUGCCUCUUCCGACAAACUCUUUGAUGCUUUUGCCGUCCGCGGUGACACUGUCAAGAUCCUUGCUGGGACCAGACUGACAUCGGAUGCAUACGACAUUACAGUCACGGGUCUCGAAAGUACCAGUCUAGGCUUGAGCGGUGUGCUCAGCAUUCGUACCACCCGAUUCGACUGGAAUGGAGCGACAGGUCAAAUUGAUGCACCCGUGGACUUGGGGACGGCAGACUACACUUAUACUGAUGGAACGUUCACCAUCAAUUUGACACCGGCAACAAGCUCUACAGCCUAUGCCUAUGAGUUCUCUCUCUGA